CCGCCAGCCAGGGGAGUGACAGCGAGUGACAGCCAGUGCACAUGGCUGGGGACACCGGGAUGGCUGGGAAGGUGGCACUGCUCCUGUGGGCCCAGACCCUCGGCCUCGCUGGUGAGUCCUCGGGGGAUGCCAUGGCCCCACAGCGCUGUCCCCACCCCACGCUGGCCCUGGCAGGCUGCUGUCCCCUGUCACCGGCAGGCGCCCAGACCACCCAGAUCCUUGUGGAACCCCCCUGGACACCGCCAGUGCUGUGGGACCAGGUGACACUGACCUGCCAGGGCUUGGGGACCGCCAGUGCCACCACCUGGUACAAGGACGGGCGGCGCUGGUGGCAGGAGAGACACGACCGCCUCAAUGUCACAGAGAGUGGCACCUACGAGUGUGACAGACCUGGCACUGGGCUCAGCCCCCCUGUGACAGUCUUAGAUGAUGAUCUGGUGCUGCAGGUGCCAGCACGGGCGCUGCUGGAGGGGGACACGGUGACACUGCGCUGCCGGGGGCGGUGGAACAGCCCGGUCACCAAGGUGCGAUUUUUCAAGGAUGAGAAUAAUCUGACGAGGUCCCUUAAUGCGACCGAGCUGUCCCUGUCCCCCCUCCAGCUGAACCACAGCGGCAGCUACCGCUGCAAGGGCUGGGUGAGGUCCUGGCCGUCAGGCUCAGCAGCAGUGACAGUGACAGUGCACGGCACCUACCAGUGCAUGGCCACCAACCAGGCAGACGAGCAUCGCGUGUUCCGGGCACUCAGCCCAGAGCUGGUCCUGGAGGUGACACCACGGGAUACAGGGACACACAGGGAUGCAGUGGCUGCAGGGGUUGGUGGGGCCCUUUUGUUCCUGCUCCUGCUCGUGGGUGUCAUUGUGGCCUGGCACCGGUGGCACCGUGUGGCUGCCAGGAAGAAUCAGGAACGGGCCCCCCCAGAUCCCCCGCACCCCCCAGAGGAGGGGGAGGUGCUGUACACCCACGUCGUGGUCACCAGGAGGGCAGCAGUGUCCCCCCGUGCCACCACCCUCCAGGAUCCCCAGGUGACCCACGCGGAACUGCAGGGACCCCAGGGGCAACCACGGGAACCCGGUGACAUCUACAAGAAUGUGCUGUGACAUGCGGGGGAGCUGUGGGGCACUGGGGGUCCCCACCCAUGGGCACCCACUCGUGUGUGUGCUGCCACCAAAACUGCCCCUUUCCUCCCCGUGGAGGCACCAAGAUCCCAAAGGGCUGAGAAAAGAACAAUUUCUGCAACAGCAACGAGAGAGAAUAAAACCAACAGCAACAGCAACAAGGUUCAGAGUCCAAAGGGUCACAAAAAGGAACAACUUUCAGGGAAAGCCCCCAAAAAGGAACAAACCCUGGAUUUUCCCCCCAGCACAUUUCCCCCACCAGAGGAUCCUGGCAGGGCCCUGGACCUUCACUGCUCUGAUGGCCAAAGCAGCCUUCAGGAAGCUCUGGAUUCUCUUCUCCCCUGUCCCAAAUCCCUCCUCUGCCGUGUUGAUGUCCAAAGGCCCUGUGGGGGUUCCAGAGCCUCCCCCUUUGCUAGGGCAGUCGGGAUCAGGCCAUGGCGCAGGGUGGGGUGCCAGAGACAGGAAAAGUUUGAUGUCUGGAGACAUUUUGGAACACCUGUGUUUGGCAGGGGUGGGUCAGGCCUUGCUUUUGGUGAGCCCAGGCCCCGUCUGUCCAUCAGUCUGUCAGCUGUGGCACACUGGGGACACUGUGAUGCUCUGCCAAAGCCAGCUCCUGAGUUUCUGGGUGACCAGAAGUGCCACAUGGGGACAGGGCACUUGGUGGCCCGACUGGCUUAAAGGGCAGAGCAUGAGGUGGCCCAGUCCCUGAACCUGUCUCCCUCUGGGGUGUCUGUCCCCUCCACGCUGGAACCCAGGAGUUGGCAACUCAUUUAAAUGAGAAAUAUCUGCCGAGGAAAGU